AUGGAUGCGGUGGCCCUGCAGCAGUGUGGGAAGCAGCUUGCAGAGAGCCAAGGGGUGGAUGGGCACUGGCUGCCCCCCGGGGUGAUGAUGGGGACGGGGUGCUGUGAGUGCGGGGCCUCCCUGUCCCACCAGUACUACGAGAAGGAUGGGCGCCUGUACUGCAAGAAGGAUUACUGGGCGCGCUUCGGGGAGCUCUGCCACGGCUGCUCCGAGCAGAUCACCAAGGGGCUGGUCAUGGUGGCCGGGGAGCAGAAGUACCACCCCGAGUGCUUCAGCUGCCUCAACUGCCGCACGUUCAUCGGGGACGGGGACACCUACGCGCUGGUGGAGCGCUCCAAGCUCUACUGUGGGCACUGCUAUUACCAGAUGGUGGUGACACCGGUUAUCGAGCAGAUCCUGCCGGAUUCGCCGGCUUCCCGCAUCCCGCACACCGUCACGCUCGUCUCCAUCCCCGCCUGCUCCGACGGCAAACGCGGCUUCUCCGUCUCCAUUGACCAGGGCUGCGGCACCGAGCACCCCCGCACCGUCCGAGUCCGAGAGGUGGAUCCAGACUGCAUCAGCCCUGACAUGAAGAACUCCAUCCACGUGGGCGACCGCAUCCUGGAGAUCAACGGCACCCCCAUCGGCCACGUCCCCCUGGAUGAGAUCGACCUGCUCAUCCAGGAGACCAGCCGCCUGCUCCAGCUGACCAUUGAGCACGACCCCCACGAGCCCCUUGCCCGCGAGGCGGGGCUUGCCUGCAGCCCCCUGCCUGCCCCGUGCAGCCCCUUGCGCUCCCCGGUCCCCCCACCCUGCGGGGAGCCCAGCGCCAUGCGCCAGAGGACUGUCACGAGGAGCUGCAGCACAGACAAGUCUCCGGGCUCCGGCUCGCUGGGUUCGCCCGCGUCCCAACGUAAGGACAUCGGUCGCUCCGAGUCGUUGCGCGUUGUCUCCCGCACCCAUCGCAUCUUCCGCCCUUCCGACCUGAUCCACGGCGAGGUGCUGGGCAAGGGCUGCUUCGGCCAGGCCAUCAAGGUGACACAUCGGGAGACGGGCGAGGUGAUGGUCAUGAAGGAGUUGAUCCGCUUCGACGAGGAGACACAGAGGACCUUCCUCAAAGAGGUGAAGGUGAUGCGCUGCCUGGAGCACCCCAACGUGCUGAAGUUCAUCGGGGUGCUGUACAAGGAGAAGAGGCUCAACUUCAUCACGGAGUACAUCAAGGGGGGCACCUUGAGGGGCCUCAUCAAGAGCAUGGACAGCCACUACCCCUGGAGCCAGCGGGUCAGCUUCGCCAAGGACAUCGCCGCUGGCAUGGCCUACCUCCACUCCAUGAACAUCAUCCACCGUGACCUCAACUCUCACAACUGCCUCGUGCGGGAGAACAAGAGUGUGGUUGUGGCCGAUUUUGGGCUGGCGCGGCUGAUGGUGGAUGAGAAGAACCAGCCUGAACAUCUCAAGAACCUGAAGAAACCGGACCGCAAGAAGCGGUACACAGUGGUGGGGAACCCAUACUGGAUGGCCCCCGAGAUGAUCAAUGGGAGGAGCUAUGAUGAGAAGGUGGACAUCUUCUCCUUUGGUAUCGUCCUGUGCGAGAUCAUCGGCCGGGUGAGCGCUGACCCUGACUACCUGCCCCGCACCACUGACUUCGGCCUCAACGUCAGGGGCUUCCUGGACCGCUACUGCCCCCCUGCCUGCCCCCCCAGCUUCUUCCCCAUUGCCGUCUGCUGCUGUGACCUGGACCCCGAGAAGCGGUGA